AUUUAUAUAUAGAAGAGAAAAUUUAUUCUUUUACUGUAUUGUAUUCCUUUUUUUUUUUUUUUUUUUCCCUCCUUUCCCCCAAAUACCGAACAUCUAAGUUUUUCAGAUUUUUAUAAAGUCUCAGGAUUUGGUUCUAUGAUAGUUGUUAAAGGCACCGGCGCCUUGAAUGCCUUAAGGCGACAGUGUUGUACCAGGCGAAUGCCUUUUAGGCAAAGACGCAAGGCUACAGGCUACAGGCGCUGGAAAAAUAGUUUUUUUUAAAAAUUAUUUUGUUAUUAUUUUGGUUGUGUAAGGUUUAUUAUUUGUUUAUUGUUAGUUUUUAUUUGUUUAGGGCAAAUUAUACAAACCACCCAUGAGGUUUCUAUAUUGUGCAUGUAGAUAGAAGUUAUAGCAAUAUUACAGAAAGGUCCAUAAUUUUAAGGUCAAAAGCAUUAUGAUUUUUGGCAUUGUGAUGUUCCUUUCUACGCGAGAAACAGUGCAAAAAAGCAUGAGAAGCUCCAGUCCCUCUACAUUAUUUUGUGUUUACUUAAGGCUCAGCUGAGCAAACAAAGGCUCAUCUGCCGGAAAGCCAAUAUGAAAAGUUACAGUUAUGACAUGAACAGAGAGCAACAAUUCACCACAUCAAUUUUCUCUGCAGCUCCAAGUCAUGUUUUCCAAGCUUUGUCUUAGAAAAAGAAACACCUGAUGAAAAUCUGCGAGCUUUCUAUUGCCAAUAUGGAAAAUGAUGUUGCAGAGGUAUUAGCUCCAGGAGAAAAGUUUGUUACAGAAGUGGAAGAUACAUAUACUGAAGUUGAAUGCCACAAUAAUUUUCAAACAAUGGUUGCUUCUACAAUUGUUUCAUAAUUAAUUAGCCAUUUAGUAAGCAUCCUUUGAGGGUAGAGGGUACAAAUUCUUGCUUCACUUUCAAAUUUUGAAGAUUCUGUUCAUACAAGAAUGGCGAAGACUUCACAAGCAAGGAGAAUCUCAUUCAUAGUGCAUGUUUGGCUUUAACUUGUAAUAGACAUUUUUUCUUUUCUAUUUUCAAUGUAGAGUUUUUUAUGGUCAAAUGGUCAAUAUGAUCUUUCUAUAAUAUUUCUAUAACUUCUAUCUACAUGCAAAAUAUAGAAACCUCAUGGGUGAUUUGUGUAAUUUACCCAUUUGUUUAUUACAAAACCUAUACAAGACCUACAAGUUACAAAACAAAAAAAAAAAACAAAAGAAAAUAAAAGAAGAGACAGAGAAGUACACGAGUGAGUGAGUGACGAGCCUGAUCUGCGAAGCCUGGGCUCUCGGAUCAGCGAUCUGCGUCUGCCGGUGCCGUUUGUACUUUAAAAGAUGCUUAGUGAUGGUUCAAGAAAGGAUCCGGCAUGGAAUUACUCACAUUUGGAGAAUCCGAAAGAUACAAAUGCCAUCACUUGUAACUUUUGUGCAAAAGUUACAAAAGGAGGUAUUUAUCGGGCUAAGCAACACUUAGCUGGAGGGUAUAGAAAUGUGAGUGCAUGCACAAGAUGCCCAUCUAGUGUUAGAGAAGAAAUCAAAGAGUACAUGAGUAAGAAAAAGGAAGAAAAAGAUAAAAUGAAUUUGUUACCUAGUGAUGACAUUAAUUUCAUUGAUGAAGAGGAUGAGGAUGACGUUAUGGAAGUUAAAAAUCGGGGAAAAAGGGUAGCUAGUGCAAGUAGUGGCAGUGCUAGUGUCAAUUCCUCAAAGAGGCAAAAGCAAAAGGGAUCGAUUGAUUUAUAUUUCACUCCCAGACCGGAAAUUGUGGUACAAAAAAGAAAGGAGGGGGGAAAACAGACAACCAUUAAUGAUGCAUGCAAGAAAGAGUUGAGAAGAAGAGCGUGUGCUGCUUUUGCAAGGUGGAUGUAUGAUGCAGGAAUUGCAUUCAAUGCUGUUAAGUAUGAUAGCUUUGCCGAGGUUGUUGAAGCAUUUGGACAAUAUGGUCCUGGCAUGAAACCACCUAGUUAUCAUGAGGUGAAAGUUCCUUUGCUUAGAAAGGAAUUGGAUAAUACCAAUGCUUUGAUGAAUGACCAUAGAGAGGAGUGGUCAAAAUUUGGAUGCUCAUUAAUGGCAGAUGGGUGGACAGACAAGAGAGGGAGAACAUUGCUUAAUUUCCUAGUAAAUAGUCGGAGGGGAACCAUGUUUAUUGAAUCGAUAGAUACUUCUUCUUUUUCAAAGGAUGGUGAAAAGAUGUUUGACUUACUUAAUAAAUUUGUGAACCGCAUUGGAGUAGCAAAUGUCGUCCAAGUCGUCACAGAUAGUGAAUCAAGCAAUAAGUAUGCCGGGAGGAUGUUAGAGAAAGAACACCCACAUUUGUAUUGGACACCAUGUGCUGCUCAUUGCUUAGACUUGAUGUUGGAAGACAUUGGGAAAAUACCGUCCAUCUCUACAACAAUGCAAAGGGCAGUUGAGUUGAAUAGUUAUAUUUAUAUGCGUCCAAAGUUGUUGAACAUUAUGAAGAACUUUACUCACAAAAAGGAGUUGCUUAGGCCCGCUAAGACUCGAUUUGCUACAUGUUUCAUCACAUUAUCAAGUAUUCACAAGCAAAAGAAUAAUUUGAGAAAGAUGUUUACUUCAGAAGAAUGGAGUCGUAGUAAAUGGGCGAAAGAGGAAGCCGGUAAAAGAGUUGCUUCUUAUGUUUUGAUGCCUUCCUUUUGGAACAACAUUGUCUUUAGCCUUAAGGUUUCCGGUCCUCUUAUUCCGGUUUUGAGAUUAGUUGAUGGCGAGAAAAAGCCUCCCAUGGGAUACAUUUAUGCGGCUAUGGAUAGGGCUAAAGAAGCCAUUGCAAAAUCAUUUGGGGAAGUAGAAGACAAAUACAAGGAUAUUUUUGAAAUAAUUGAUAAGAGGUGGAAUAUUCAACUUCAUCGCCCUUUGCAUGCAGCAGGUUAUUAUUUGAACCCAGGAUACUUUUAUUCAAAUCCGAAAAUUGAAGAAGAUGAAGACAUUGCAAAUGAUUUGUAUGCAUGCAUUGCAAGGUUAGUCCCAGAUGUCAAAGACCAAGACAAAAUUACUGAGGAGCUGUCCUUAUAUUCUAAAGCUGAGGGCCUCUUUGGUAAUCCAUUUGCUAUUAGACAGAGAAGUACACGAGGACCAGCUAAUUGGUGGGAAGCUUAUGGCAAGUCAACAAAACUUCUCCAAAAGUUUGCUAUAAAGGUUUUAAGCCUUACUUGCAGUUCUUCUGGUUGUGAACGAAAUUGGAACAUGUUUGAGCAUCUUCAUAACAAGAAAAGAAAUAGGCUCGCUCAAACAAAUUUGAAUGAUUUAGUGUUCAUCAAAUAUAAUAGAGCAUUGAGGCGUCGAUAUAAUAUGCGUGACACUCUUGAUCCCAUUUUACUCGAUGACAUUGAUGAGAGCAACAAGUGGUUGACGGGGAGGAUGGAUGAUUCUGAUGCAUAACAUGAUCUAAUCUUUGAAGAUGAUUCCUUGACAUGGGGUGAUGUUGCUAGUUUUGCUGGUAUUGGAGAGGAUAGCAGGCCGCACCGGUCUACUAGAUCAAAAUCUAGUUCUAGUUCACGGUUUCCAACAAGGGGAGCAGGAAGUUCUAUCUCUACAGAAAAUAAAGUUUAUUGCGAAGUAGAAUUUAGAAACACUUUAUAGCCGGCAUUAGUACUUUAGUUUUAGUCUUAACUUUUGUAAACUUCGGUAGCGGUUUGUUUAUUUUGCUCAUAUAAAUGAAUGAGGUUUUAACUUGAAGUUGGAGCUUUAAACUGUGGUUGUAAACCCCCAUUCACUUAGAGAGAGGACACGAACUCUGGUUAGGCACCGGCAAAUGCUUUGCCAACUUUUCUUGUUGAAUACAAGGGGCUAAGUGGAUGUUCAAAUCUUAAUGUAGUCUAUGUAAACUUGAUCAGUUGGUUUACUGAAGGGGUAACAUAAUCCCAUUUGAUUUUCAAUAUAGUUCCAAAGUAUGUUUUAGAUUACACAAUUAAUGUAGUCUGAAGUAAAUGGAUUUGACUUUAAUUUGUAAUUAUCAUAAAUUGGAGGUACAGUGAUAGACAAGUAAAGCAAAACAAUGUCAGUGUCUAUGUUUACUUUCUCUCCAUCUCUCAUUCUACUUUCCUUUUCCAUAUUCUCUAGUGGAUGGUGUGACGAUGGAGAAAGUAUCUUGGGCUUGAGGAAGCUAUUACCUUGGGCUUGAGGAAGCUAUUAAGUUGAUGAUGUGGAAUAACAGUGAUCCCAGUUAUAGCCUCAGGUUUCUAAUUACAUUUUGUUAACAACCAUUUACUCCAAAAGCUUAAGUUGUUAGAGAGGGUGUAACUUAAAUAUAUAAAUCCUUCAACACGCCCCCUCACGUGUGGCCUCUUUUUGGAACACAUGUUUUUCAAUAUUUUAAUUAGGGCGACGGUAAGGUUUGAAUUCGAGACCUUUGGCUCUGACACCAUGUUAACAACCAUUUACUCCAAAAGCUUAAGCUGUUAGAGAGAGUGUAACUUAAAUAUAUAAAUCCUUCAACACA